UGUCUGAAUCUAGUAGCUCGUUCACGCUGUCUGGGAAUGCUGGCUGACUUGUGAAAAAUGUAUUCUGGAAUCAGUGCUGUCAUCGCACUCGUUUUUCUCUCCAACUCAGUUUAUUCAUUCUCCUUGGCUUUUCUAGAUUCCUAUGAAGAUACAAAUCCAGUUGCUCCCGAAUUCAGAACCACUUUAUGGGAAAGCUGCCUCCCGGUGGCGCGGAUCGUUGGUGGCCAGCCGGCCCACAUUACGGAAGCACCCUACCAGGUCGGCAUUCGACUGAUCCGUUUACCGGGGCAUUCGCCAUGGCGGAGCAGUCUCGUCUGCGGAGGAUCCGUCAUUGCCCCCCGAUUGGUACUCACGGCGGCACAUUGUUUUGUGAGAUAUAGGGAUCCUCAAUUGUUCAAGGUGACCUUGGGUAGUACCUACCGGCUCGUGAAAACUGUCGGAGCUGAGGUGAGAAGUAUCGAGAAACUGAUACUGCAUCCGAAAUUCCGUCUGACACCGAUUAUACUGUUCGAUAUCGCUUUGAUGGUGCUGGAUAGGCGGGUGGAGGAGUCAAGAUUCAUCAAGUUUUUAGAGCUUGCUUCAAAGCCAGCUCAGGAAAAUAUGAGUUGCAUGAUUACCGGAUGGGGUCGGGAGGACUUCUGGCAACCUACAAAACCCAGAUGUAUGCAAAAGGCUUAUGUGCCAAUUCUAAAUUUGACUGAAUGCCGUAUUAGAGCCACGUUGCCCAUUUAUGAUGGAUUCCUCUGUGCCGGGUAUUAUACGGGAGGCGUCGAUUCGUGCAGUGGAGACUCCGGUGGUCCUCUGGUUUGCGAUGGAGUGCAGUAUGGAAUUGUUAGCUAUGGUAAAGAUUGCGCAGCGGUGAACAAUCCUGGCAUAUAUACGGACGUUUAUCAAAAUUUGGAAUGGAUCAAGAAAGAGUCUGUCAACUGGGGAAGAAGGUGGACUCCGUCGUUGGUGCUUGUUUUAACAAAUUUUAUAUUUAUUCAGCUAUGGCAUUGAAUUAUAUUUUUC